CGCAUCAAUCACAGUUAUCGCUUUGUAAUCUGGGAAAGAAUGUCUCUUCAAUAUCUGGCAGACAUCGAAAGCACUGAUGGUCCAAACGAAGGAGACGACAUCUCUGCCUUACAUUGGCUAGAAGAUGGUGUUAUCUUAGGAGGAACUGUCAAAGGUCAUCUUUAUGGGUGGCGUGAUACGAAUGGGCAAUAUCUUGGUGAAGCAGGAAAAGGUGGUCAUGGAAUCUGCAUAAAUUCAAUCUCAUCGUCAAGGCAGAACAAAGUGGUGCUAACGGCUGCACUGGACGGAACGGUUGCUCUGUGGGACACCUCCGACAUAGCCGCCAUGCUGCAGAGAUCCGAAGUGAUUCCCACUGGAGAGAAUGAAGAGUCGUCUCUCUCGCAGCAGCCAGAUACAUUCCCUCUCACGCUACUGAAGAGUAUGAGGCUCAACAAGAAGAGUAGCGCUGAAUCUCAGUCAAUGAAUGAAGUCAGUGUAGGCAAUGAAGCCCAAAAUCCAAGACCUAUGGAUAGCAAAAGGACUUAUUGCGCUGUCUUGCAUCCUACUGAACCAAUAUUCAUGACAACUGGCUCAAAGGCUGAGCUCAUCAUACGAUCAUACGACAGAGAUUCGCGUCAGUUCGGACAAGUGAUUACAUCGAUAUCUCCUGAUGGAACUGAAAAGAACGGCAAAUUUCAAGAAAGUUCUAGUGGCUCAAAAGUGAAAGACUUUGGCCUAUGCCUCUUGGUGCACAAUUCGGGCGAAACGGUUGCACUUGGCACCUCUGAGGGAUAUGUUCAUCUAUUCCAAAUCGAAGAGAAGAAGCAUCUCAUUUCCAUCAAAGCAAGUGGUCAAGCUGUGAAAUGUUUGCAUUUCACUCCAAAUGAUGAAUUGCUCGUAGGCGGUAAUGACGGAAACGUUUCGGUGUUUGACGUUCAACAAUAUGUACCAAAGUCAUCGUCAAGGGUUACGGAGACGGAGGAUGAAGAUUUAUUCGUUGAUGGUUUGGAUGAAUUUGCCGACGAUUUCACGUUUAGUCAACACAGCAUUCAUACGAUGAGUCAAACGAGCUCUAAUUCUAGCCUAUUCAGCCAAACGCAGCCGUCACGAUCCACAUCUUUGAAGCCCGUUCGGAGCUGGUCUUCCCAUCCAAGAGGCUUAACGGGAGUGAAAGCUUCAUCAGACGGUCGUAUUGUUGCUACAAGUUCGAUCGAUGGCCGUGUGCGUAUUUGGGAUUUCAAGAAUCCAGCAACACAAGCACUGUGUAACAUCAAACAAGACAAAGACAUCUAUGCUAUUGAGUGGAAACCGGUCGCAAGAGACGAGGCAGAUGACAGAAAUGCGACACAAGAAAGACCAUCGAAAAGGUGCAAGACUGUGCCUAUUAGCAACAGCGCCAUGACGGCUGCCGCUCAAAGUGCAAAGACAGCUUCAAUGUUUGUCACUGCAGGUGCUGAUGGUAAGGUACGAUGGUACAGAAUGGCUGGCGGGAAUACUGCCAACGUAUAAAAACAUUUCAAGAGCUCUUCAAUACUGCAGUGCAACAACACUAUGUACUUCUACCAUGCUUACACAAUCAUCCAA